CAAUCAGAGCGUUGCUGGUGAAGGGAGGGCGCGGAGAGCUGGAGGUAACAGUGUGAGCGAGAGCCCGAGUGCAAGGGAAGCCUUAUCACGGAGGCACGGCUAAAGACAACAUUUGCAAAAUGCCGAAUAAAACUAAAAAAGAGAAGGAACCAACCAAAUCUGCGAAAAGCAGCACGAAGAACAGUAACGCCGGUGGCGGAAAGGAUGCUGGAACUGAAAAUUCAGAAGAGGCCCAGCAGACAGCCAGCAAGCGUCCGAGCAACAGCACUCCACCUCCCACUCAGCUCAACAAAAUUAAGUACUCAGGUGGGCCUCAGAUUGUAAAGAAGGAGCGUCGACAGAGUUCGUCACGAUUCAACCUCAGCAAGAACCGGGAACUGCAGAAGCUUCCCGCCCUCAAAGAUGCCCCACCCAUAGAUCGGGAAGAACUGUUCGUCCAGAAACUGCGGCAGUGCUGCGUGCUUUUCGACUUUGUGACUGAUCCACUAAGUGAUCUCAAGUACAAAGAGGUGAAGCGAGCCGGCCUCAAUGAAAUGGUGGAAUACAUCACACACAACCGCGACGUGGUCACAGAGUCCAUCUACCCUGAAGCUGUCAUCAUGUUUUCUGUAAACUUGUUCAGGACUCUGCCGCCCUCUUCCAACCCCACGGGAGCAGAGUUUGACCCUGAAGAGGAUGAACCAACUCUAGAGGCAGCUUGGCCUCAUCUGCAGCUGGUGUAUGAAUUCUUCUUAAGAUUCCUGGAGUCACCUGACUUUCAGCCCAACAUUGCCAAAAAAUACAUCGACCAAAAGUUUGUACUGUCGCUUCUGGAGCUUUUCGACAGUGAAGACCCUCGAGAGCGGGACUUCCUGAAAACCAUCCUGCACCGUAUCUAUGGAAAGUUCCUGGGACUGAGAGCCUACAUUCGCCGGCAGAUCAACAAUAUAUUUUACAGGUUUAUAUACGAGACGGAGCAUCACAAUGGGAUUGCGGAGCUCUUAGAAAUCUUAGGAAGCAUAAUUAAUGGCUUUGCCCUGCCGCUGAAAGAGGAGCACAAAAUGUUCCUCAUCAGAGUGCUACUGCCUUUACACAAAGUCAAGUCUCUCAGCGUCUAUCACCCACAGCUGGCCUACUGUGUGGUGCAGUUUUUGGAAAAGGACAGCAGCCUCACUGAACCUGUGAUUAUGGGCCUGCUGAAGUUCUGGCCCAAAACUCACAGUCCUAAGGAGGUGAUGUUUCUCAAUGAGCUGGAGGAAAUCUUGGAUGUCAUUGAACCCUCAGAAUUUGUUAAAGUCAUGGAGCCUCUCUUUAGACAGCUGGCCAAGUGUGUAUCAAGUCCACACUUCCAGGUUGCUGAAAGAGCAUUGUAUUACUGGAACAAUGAGUACAUCAUGAGCCUGAUCAGUGACAAUGCCGCCAAGAUCCUCCCCAUCAUGUUUCCCGCUCUCUACAAGAACUCCAAGAGCCACUGGAACAAGACAAUCCACGGGCUUAUCUACAAUGCUCUGAAACUCUUUAUGGAGAUGAACCAGAAGCUGUUUGAUGACUGCACUCAGCAGUACAAGGCUGAGAAGCAGAAAGAGAAGUACAAACUUAAGGAGCGGGAAGAAAUGUGGCAUAAAAUAGAGGAGCUAGCAAAACAGAACCCUCAGAGUACAAAGAUUCAGCUGCGGCCCGGUCUGCCUCCGGAGGAGUAUAUGAUGUAUAAUGAAGGAGGGAUGCCCCUGUACUCAAUGGAGACAGAGACCCCUACAGCAGAGGACAUCCAGCUGCUGAAGAAGACUGUGGAAACAGAAGCCUCACAGGGGUUGAAAGACAUCAAGAAAGAUAAGGUUUUGAUGAGGCGAAAGUCCGAGCUGCCGCAGGACGUGUAUACUAUAAAAGCCCUGGAAGCUCACAAGCGAGCGGAGGAGUACCUGACGGCCAACCAGGAAGCCCUCUGACCGGGGAGCACCGCCACCCUCCACCGCGCCUAAACUGUCCCUCUCGUCUUGGUCCAAAAUUGUCGCCUGCUGUAACCCACCUCUCUAUUCCUCCGCCUCUAUCCAUACUCUCCUCCCCCCUCGCUGUUGGAGAGCCCCGUCUGCGAAAAAUCCAGCCCACAGAGCAGUGGAGAGCUCCCAUGAACCCCGUCCCACUUUCCAAAGUCUUCACAAAUCCAUAGCUGCUGAUCCUCACAUCGAACAGAAUCUGUUAGAAAGCAGUGUGGGUUACAAAUAAUCAAAGUAUGCUCUUGUUGUGGUUUGUUUUAUUCUCCACACUCCUUUAUUUUUCUCCAUCUCCAUUCGUCCGCAUGCUCCCUUCCCUGUUUUUAACCACUGCUUGAGAGCUUCUCCUUUGUUUAAAUCUGUUCUCUCUGGGCCACAUUGAACUAAAUGAAUCAUGUUACUCAAGACCUCAAUGAAGAUGGGAACGAUCAGUUAUUCUUGAUGUCAUACAAAAAAAAAAAAAAAUGGAGAAA